GUAGUUAAUAAUAUCGUUUGAUGUUUGACGGUUAAGAAGGAUAUAUUUCUGUAGUUCUAGAAGUUGUAAAGUGAUAACCGCAAAGAUAUAACAAUAAAUAAAAAAAGAAAACUUAAAUCAUUUGAAGGAUAUUAAGAAAGUUUAAGAAAGGAAAGAAGAAAACAAAAAUGUUGCUGAGCUCUGUAGCACUUGUGGCGAAGCCGAAGAAUGCGAAAAGUAAGGACAGCGACAAGAAAGCAGAGGUGCUGACCAACUAUCUUCAGGGUGAUUCUGAUACAUGUGUAGACUGUCAAAAUGAGAUAGAGGAAGAAAUGCGUGUGUUUCAAUUUCCAUCGGUUGUUCCGAAGACAUCAGAAAUAGACCAGCAAGAUAAAUUUGCCAACUACCCGGGGGACCGUGUCACCAUAGUAACUGGAGAUGCAAUGUGCCUAUCGGUGGAGAAGUUUUACUACACAAUCGUUCUGCAAGAGGAGAAAAAAACAGAUAUGACUUGCGUUUUCCGAAAGAAGGUCUUGGAAUCAAAGGAGGUUCAAAAUGGUCGAAUUGAGACGGUUGUAUUUGCAUUGGACUGCGACCAAGAAUUCUACAUCACAUCUUCAACAUAUGGCGAUUUAGAACUUAACUAUCAUCCCUCGAACCCGAGACUUGAUGAGCCUGAUGAACGAUUCUUUGACGUGUUUUACACGCAGAUCGGGCAUGCUAUGAUUCAGCCAAAGCUCUGUCGCAAUAUGUACCUCCAUCACCUGGACAACUCACUCAGUACUCAGCUGCUAGAUCUGAACUGGAGGUGUCCUGAAGAGUACUUCUUUCACUUCAGCGCAGUGCCUGAAAGUGUGUCAAAAUCAGUUAACGAGAAGAAAAGGGUAUGCACACACAAGAAAACAUUGAAAAAGUGUGUGUCAGUUCCAGUAAAGAAAGCGGCAGAUGAUUCAAGCGAGUGUACAAAGGACAAUACUAAUCAGUGCAGUAUGUCAUACACACAAAAACUAAGUACCUAUGGUCCAGGCAUGGACAUUCAUUUUUUAAAGGAUACGAUCAAUAAAUACGCCAUUGACUUGCCGACAAGGAAGCCAACUAAAAGUAAAAGAGGACUUUCUACGUUGUUUCUCGGGUGCUUUAGUGCUAAAAGUCACAAAUUAGUUGCAUGAGAAACGUUGUUACCAUGUUAUUUAGUGCUGAAAGACACAGCAAAGUUUCAUGACAUUACUCUCAGGUGCAUUAGUGCUAGAAGGCAUAGAAUAUUUGCCUAAUAUUCAUUGUAAAUAAAGGGAGGUGCAAUAACAAAAAUCAAACAUUCCGUCCAGUGGUACAUAUGAAGAUACUUUUUUCUAUUUAUUCCUUCUAUUGUAUUAGUGAAAUAAAUAGAUUUGAUCUUAAAAUACAAUUGAAAUAGAAUGUGACAUUCUUUAUGCUGUAAAUAAUUUUACACAUGAUUUGAUUAUUUGUAAAUAAGAUACAUUGAAAGAAUUGUGUACAUGUUUCAAACAUAAAGCCCAUGUAUGAAUUUUGUCUUAUUUAAGUGCAAUAUAAUUUAUUUUCAUUCUCUUAUUCUCAUAACAUUGUUAAGGAUGACCGUUCAUAAGUUAUUUUUCUAUAGCAAUCCAUGUGUUCUAGUCUAGAUUACUUAAAGAAAGGAAAAUGUUAAAUUGAAGACAAGAAAUACAUAUGUUUAUAAGAAGAGUAUGUGGUCAACAAAGUCGAUAUGGACACAGAAAACAAAAACUUAGUUUUGAGUACUAUAGAUAAGUCAAUCCGAAUAAAGGUACGGAUCAGAUUCGGUUCUGUCUAUUUCACAAUCAUUAUGAUAGUCCACUUAGUUUCAUUGUAUUGAUUCUAGUCAAUUGUAAUUAACAGUAUAACCUUUACAGAGCGACACCCUUUGAGAGAUAAAUAUUUUGAUUGCUUUUGACAGGUAUUGACCAAGAGAGGUUAAAUUUAUGAAUUGUGAAUGUUUAUAAUGGGAAGAAAUAUUCCUGUUUGUUGUCAAGAGGAAAUUGCUCUGAAAACGGCCGCUAUGCAGAGGUUAUACUGUAUUUAUUGUAUUUAUUAUUGUAAUGAUGUAUUGUUAUGCGAGAUAAAAUAAAACAUAAAAUAAUUUAGAA